AACAACAUCCACUGCAGGCUGAGCCAUCUCCUGCAGAGUGGUGGGUGAAGAAGCCCAGCUGGAGAGAGGGGGCCCAGGAGUGACUCUUAAGAUGUGUCAUUGGAUUAGCAUGUGAGCAUCUGCCUUUAGCCUCCUCCAGUCGCACUCAGACACCUUGAGAGCUGCAUCUCAUGUACAGGACUCUCGACGGAGCCGUCUUCAUGGUGCAGUUUCAUGACUUCACUCUGUAGGAUGAAGAAUGUAAAGAUAUUACAUUUGCCACUGCUUUUUGUGUUUGUGCACGCCUGCUUUGCACAAGCAGACUUCGCCCCCUAUUUCUACGACAAUGGACCCUACAGCUACAACGGAAACCUGGCACUGUUCAGCCUCUCGGAGGACACGGCUGUCGGUACACAGAUCUACUCUCUCAAUGGCACAGACCCUGAGGGCCAGGAGGUGAGUUACGGCCUUUCGUUUGAUCCAGGGUCCAAAGAAUACUUCAGGGUCGACCCCAAAUCUGGAAACAUCACACUGGUGGAAAAGCUGGACAGAGAGAAACAAGACUCUAUAGACGUUCUUGUCAGCAUCACAGAUGGGCAAAGCAAGGUUGUGGAAAGAGUCACAAUAUUUGUAAUGGAUGCAAAUGAUGAAAAACCUGACUUCCAAAACAUGCCAGCAAUCAUUGAUGUACUGGAAACGACUGAGUCUGGCAGCAGCAUCUACAGAGUGGAGGCAGUGGACAGAGACACAGGCUCAGGGGGUUCAGUCACAUACUACCUCCAGAAUCCUCAGUCUACUUUGUUUGCCGUAGACAGGCACAGUGGUGUCCUUCGUAUCAAGUCUGGAGAAAUGUUGGACUAUGAGAAAACAAAGACACACUUUGUCACUGUCAUUGCAAAGGAUGGUGGUGGCAACUUUAAUGGCAAGGAGCAGUUCAUGUCAUCCUCUGCUACCCUGACGAUCAAUGUGAUCGAUGCACAGGACACUCCGCCAUCUUUUAUUGGGACACCGUAUUUUGGCUACGUUUAUGAAGUCUCUGUGCCAGGAUCUGAAAUAUUCACUGUUGUAGCUAAAGAUGGCGAUGUAGGAAGCCCAAAUCCAAUCCGUUAUUCUUUUGACGAUGGCGACGAUGGUGUUUUUAGCAUCAAUAGAUCAAGCGGUUGUAUCACCCUGCUGAGUCUCCCCAUGUUUCUGAAAAGAGAAAUCUUCAACAUUAAAGUCAGGGCAUCAGAAGUAAGUCCUGAAGGCAGACCCAUGGACUAUAGUGUGACCACGGUUGUGAUCCGUGUGGUGGACCUCAACAAUAAUCCACCUACUUUCUACGGGGAGAACGGCCCACAGAGCAUGUUUGAGUUGACCAUGUAUGAGCAUCCACCUGAGGGAGAGAUACUCCGUGGGCUGAAAAUCACUGUCAAUGACUCUGAUCAGGGUGCGAAUGCUAAAUUCAACCUGAGACUGAUUGGACCUGGAAGGAUGCUGAGAGUCGUCCCUCAGACUGUACUCAAUGAGGCCCAGGUCACAAUCUUAGUCGAGGACUCUGCUGCCAUGGACUAUGAGAAACACCACUUUCUCACAUACAAGCUGCUCGCAGUUGAGAUUGACACACCCGAGAGAUUCAGUGCCACAGCUGACAUUGUCAUUCACCUCCUGGACACCAACGACAACGCUCCCAAAUUCUCCUCAGACUACUACAUCGCCAGAAUCCCAGAAAACUCACCCGGCGGCUCCAAUGUGGUGUCAGUCACGGCAACAGAUCCAGACUCAGGACCUUGGGGUGAUGUGAAGUACUCCAUCUACGGAUCAGGGGCUGACUUGUUCCUGAUCCAGCCUGCAUCUGGGAUCAUCUACACCCAGCCAUGGGCGAGCCUGGACGCAGAGGUGAGGUCCAAGUAUAACUUCUAUGUGAAGGCAGAGGACGCAGAAGGAAAGUACAGCCUCGCUGAGGUCUUUGUGACUGUGCUGGACCUGAACGACCACCCACCUGAAUUCAAUGAUAACUUCCUUGAGACAACUAUGGUGAUUGGAGCACCAGUGAAAAUAGAGGCUGUAGAUGACGAUGCGGAAGUGCCCAACAAUGUCAUCGAGUAUGCCAUCAUGAAAGCUGAGCCAGACAACAACAUCUUUGACAUUAACGCUGACACGGGGGAGAUCAUGCUCAAGUCCUACAUCAAAUCAAUGGCCAUCAUUCAGAACAUCACCAAGCAGAGAGACUGCACCUGGUCGCUGGUAGUGCAGGCCCGCGACCGAGGCCAGCCGUCCUUCAGCACCACUGCGGUCGUCAAGAUCGACAUCACUGAGGCUACCCAACUCAGUGGGGGGCCUUUGGGAUCAUUUUUGAUGCAGAAUAGAAACAAGCCUUUGCAAAUUCUAGGCAUGCUUGCUGGUGUCAUUAGUCUCAUGGUCAUAGUCACGGUCAUCAUCUCCACUGCAACAUUCAUGCGCAACAAAAAGUCCAACCGGAUCCUCCCUAACCGCCGAGUAAGGAGGAGGCGGAAGCCACAGCCCUGGAACUUGAAAAACCCCUUUAAGACACCAGAAACUCCCGGAGAGAAAUUCCGAGUAGAGGAGGAAGAGCCAGAGCCAGAGCCAGAGCCGGAGGUCAUCGUGGAGAAUGUCAACUAUAACAACAAUGUCAACAAUGUUGUGAGACACUGGCCUCCGCCGCCGCCAAGUGCCCCAUCUCUUCCCCCUCCACCUCCUCCUUACAUCCCAGGGGAGAGGCAGUGGGCCGUACCCACCAUCUCUGCAACAGUGGCACCCAAACCCAGAAAGAAGCCAGUGAUGAACAGACAGGACACUAAGAACCUAGCACUGGUGUCAGAGCUCAAGAUGAAAUUGGAGCAGAAGAGGAUGCUGAAACAUUAGUAAUGCUCGACAAAGCAAUCUCACCUCAAGGUCCAUUUAGUAGCUGUGCCAGAGC